AUGGAUUUAAAGCUUGUAGAAAAAUUACUAGCACAGCAGAAGCAAUGGAUGGAAAGUGUGUUACAAUCCAAUGCAGACCGCAUGGAGAAGAUAUUUCAGAAUUCAUCGUCCUCUAUGCCUGCCACACCCAACUGCAUUCCACAGUUUCGUGCUUUUUCUUCUGAAAAAGAGACUUGGGAAAACUAUUUGUUCCAACUCCAGCAACACUUCAAAGCUAACGCAGUAGAAGACGACAAUCUGAAGAAGGCAAAUUUUUUGUCAACCUGUGGAAACUACAUCAACGAGGUACUCCAAAAACUGUUCGAGACCACCGAUGUGAGUAUACACACAUUUAAAGAGUUGACAACUAAAUUGACAAAACAUUUUCAAACAAAACUGCAUGUACUCGCAUCGAGAUGUAAAUUUCUGCAACGAAAAAUGUCCCCAAGUCAAACGUACGCCGAGUGGAUUGCUGAUUUAAGGGGACUGGCCCGAGACUGCAAGUUCGUCUGCACAAAGGAAGGCUGUGGUACAUCAUACGCUGACUUCAUGAUCAGAGAUAUGAUCGUCUACUAUACCCCGCAUGAAUCCGUCCACAUGGCUGCCACCCAAAAGAAAGACCCAACCUUAGGAGAGAUUGAAGAGCUGGUAACAGCAUUUGAGUCAACCCAAACUGCUGCCGAAAUUUUAAAAGGAAAUGUUGUCUUAAAAACACCGUCAACGAUUGAAGUCAAUCAACUCAGCCAUAAACGUGAGCAACAAUAUCCAAGUAAGUCGAAUGAACAUUUUUUCACUAGAAAGUCCUGCCCUGGAUGUUUAGUCCACCACGAUCGAGAUCAGUGCAAACACAUGAAUUCAGUUUGUAAUAACUGCAAUCGGAGAGGGCAUAUAAGUACAGUUUGUUUAUCAUCAAAAAAUACUGAAACAGGUUUUCGUAAGAAGUCGCGGCAACGUUCCAAAAGCCGUAGACGUAGAUCAUCGUCGCAUUCUUUCGCUAAGAAUGAUAAUCGCUCACACCCCAGCCAUCGCUCCGCGCACACGGAGACAAACCAUUCAAUCAAUGAGAUAAAUGAAGAUGGACUGGACCCCGAUCAGGUUUCGUCAGCACAGUGGGAGCUAGAGCGAAAAGGUCGUCAAAUUUUUGUGUCGCUUCACGUUAAUCAGCAACCAAUGCUUUUCCAGUUAGACACUGGAGCAACAUGUUCACUAGUCGGCCUGAAAGGUUAUCAGGCUCUUGGGAAUCCCCCCUGCGAACCAACUAGUCGUUCGCUGAAGGCUUACGGAGGAGUAAGCGUACCUAUUAAGGGGGUCGUCCAUGCAUCUGUCCAAUAUGAAAACAAAAUUCACAGUCUGUCCUUUUUGGUAAGCGACUAUCAGCAAGGUGCAAAUAUUAUGGGUUUAGAUUGGUUCGAGGCAUUUGAUUUCUCGAUUAAUUAUUCAACGGGAGAAUCGGUGUUACAGGUAGUAAAGGGUGAUGCAUUGGCAACCGCUGCAAAGUCUAUCUGUGAAAAAUACAAAGCUGUUUUUACUCCAGAACUAGGUGGCAGUAAACUAUUUACCGCUCAUUUAACAUUGAAACCAAACAGUCAACCCAGAUAUUUCAAACAUCGCCCCGUUCCGUUUGGUUUAAAAGAAGCUGUUCGAGCUGAAAUAACACGUUUACAAGAGCUAGGCAUACUCCGACCGAUUGAGACCAGUCAAUGGGAAGCACCCAUUGUCGUCGUGAAGAAAGCUAACGGCAGUUUACGUAUCUGUGGAGAUUUUCAUAUAACCAUUAACCCACAGUUAGAGAUCGAUCGUCAUCCUAUCCCCAGAAUUCAGGAGCUUUUCCAUAAACUACAAGGUGGUCAAUAUUUUACGAAGGUCGACUUGUCCGACGCCUAUCUCCAAGUCCCUUUAGACGAUGAGUCAAAGAAACUUUGCGUUAUAAGUACUCAAUUUGGUCUUUUUGAAUACCAACGUUUACCUUUUGGAACAUCAAGUUCCACUGGAAUUUUUCAAAGGUAUAUUGAACAAUUAACUUCCGACAUAGAUUUUUGCACGUCAUAUUUAGAUGACAUCAUCGUUUCUGGACGAACAGACGAUGAGCAUCUACAUAACCUUCAGAUUUUACUGGAGCGUUUAGAACGACAUGGACUGAGAUGUCGGCUUGAAAAAUGUCAAUUUGCAAAGAGUGAAAUCAACUACUUGGGCCAUAUUAUCGAUGCCGCAGGAAUAUGCCCAUCGGAGGCACGGGUUGCAGCAAUUCGGGACUUGCCUGAACCAAGGAACUUAAAGGACUUGGAGGCGUUUAUCGGCAAACUGAAUUAUUAUAAUCAGUUCAUCAAGAACUUCGCCCAAGUAGCUGCCCCUCUUAACAAACUACGUUUGUUAGAUCAGCCUUUUGUUUGGGGGAAGAUCAGCGAAGAGCUUUUAAUCAGUUCAAAAACGACAUUUUGA